UCUUCUGUCGCUCAGCUGUCAGCAUCCAAGCCUUAUCGAGCAGUAUGUCUGGGACUGCACUUUAUGUGUCUUUGUGCCUUCUUUCUGUGUGCUCUGCCUGUUAUAUCUCUAACUGCCCAAUAGGGGGCAAAAGAUCCCUGAUGGAUGCCCCAUUGCGCAAGUGUAUGGCGUGUGGUCCCGGGGACAGGGGACGAUGCUUUGGUUCCAGUAUUUGCUGUGCUCCGGGUGUGGGCUGCUUUAUGGGCUCUUCAGAAGCAGCAAGCUGCAUGGAGGAGAACUACAUCCCCACUCCCUGUGAUAAUGGAGGGAGAUCAUGUGGAACUGAGGGAGGUCGCUGUGGUGCUCCUGGCGUCUGCUGUUCUUCAGAGGGCUGCAGCACAGAUCCAUCAUGUCUGGCUGAUGAUGAAGCUGAUUUAGAGAGCAGCGAAGGCCUUGGAGGUGAUCUUCUCAUGAAGUUGCUGCAUUUUUCCAGGCAGCAUUCGGCCAGCAGGAUUCACCAGUGAUGGUCGAUGAAAGCAGCUGGAUUCAUAUGAUCUGUUUAAAAUCUGGAGCUCAUCAGCGGCUCUCAUGCAGUGUUAUGCACACGGCUUUGAUGUUGCUUUGUAUCAAACAUAAUUAGGAUAUGUUUUAUGCAUAAGCAUUUAGUCGAUUGUCAUGGUUACUAAAUGUUUCCUCUGAAAAUACGAUUGAAUAGCGUUCAAUAAACGUAGAGAAUGAAUCAUUUAA